AUGUACGGCUCGUACGGCUCCUACAGCUCCAUGUGCUCGGUGCAGAUGUCGGCACCCCUCGACAUCAGCCCCAGCUACUCCAAGCAGCAAGACGCAAGCUGCGCCUUCCCCUCCUGGCCGCGCAGGACGUCGCUCUCCGAGUCGGACUGCGAGCAGCGCGCCACCUCCUUCCUGUCCGACGAGGACCUCUUCCCCGCCGCCGCCGCCGCCGAGGCCGCCGUCUUCGAGGACGACGCGCAGAGCGUCUCCAGCGCCGGCAGCAACAUCUCCACGCCCGCCUCCGGGUCCCCGCAGAUCGUCACCGAGGCCCAGCUGCUCGAGAUGGAGCGCGAGAGGCAGGCCUACCAGCGCGAGGUCACCCGCUUCCUGCUCUCCGAGAAGGAGCGCCGGAGGCAGGCCGCCGGCAAGCGCCAGAGGAGAUCCAGCUCCCACUCCAAGAAGAGCCCCAAGCCCAAGCACAACCUGGCGCCCAUCGCCGAGGCUGGUGGCGAGUGA